UACCCACCACCACCAUCUGACAAUUCCCCCAACAGUCACUCAAGCGGCUUCAAUGUCCAUUCCUUUCGUCAAAACUGUGUGCAGGGCCAUGGAGAACAUUUCUCCUCUCCGACUGGCUGAAAAAUGGGACAAUGUCGGGCUAAUACUCGAGUCCCCAUCGCACAAACUAAAAGGCAUCAAUCGCGUCUUGCUUACCAUAGACCUCACCCCGUCAGUCGUCGAAGAAUCUAUCACCCUCAAAGCACCAGUCAUCGUUUCGUACCAUCCGCCCGUAUUCAAGCCUCUCCAAUCACUAACCCUCGCGAACUCCUUGCAAGCGUCGCUUCUCCGCUGUGCAGCCGAAGGCAUCUCGGUGUUCUCGCCACAUUCAUCAUUAGACUCUGUCUGGGGAGGCCUGAAUGACUGGCUUGCCAAAGGGCUUGGUACCGGUAAAGUCAGCGCCUUAGUGGGCGAGAAACUUGAUGCGAAUGGGACGAGCGAGGGUGCGGAGGGGCGGUUGGUGAUUCUGGAUGAGCCAGUGUCGGUGAAGGAGCUCGUGGAUAGGGUGAAGCGGCAUCUUGGGCUAUCUCAAGUUCAAAUUGCAUUUCCUUCUGCCAUGCUAAGCGACAUUCGGACAGUGGCGAUAUGCGCCGGGUCAGGCGGGUCGAUGGUUGUUGGACGUGAUGCAGACGUAUAUUUCACUGGUGAGAUGUCGCAUCACGAAGUCUUAGCAUCAGUCGCCGCCGGGAAGCACGUCAUUUUGUGCGGCCACACGAAUACGGAGCGAGAUUACCUUCCUGUGCUGGCUGAGCGGCUUCGGAAGGAAAUUCAAGUUGAGGACCUGGAAGUUAUUGUUAGCAAAGAAGAUGCGCAUCCGUUGACAUUUGUAUGAUAUUGAACUUCGGGGCGCUGAAAAAGGGGAGUUGUGGUGAAAAAGAAAGAAGA